UAAAGGCUUAGUUUCAGCACAAAUUAUGCGUUAUGGGGUAUGAAAAGAAGCUUGCAGGAAGCUUCAGGCAAGCUGAGCCUCGAAAGCUCACUUAUGGAUUGCUUCUUGUUUGCUUCAUUGUUCUUCUAACAUAUCUUUCAAUCUCCCAGCCUUAUGAUGCCCUCCUCUCCUCCAUUAGUUUGAAGUUAUCAUCUACUGAUACAGUUCAGGAGUCUGAUUUGAAGAGCACAGAAGAAUUCAGCAAUGCUGAGAGCAAAACUGGUUGCAGUAAUGAUUCAAGCAGAUCAGAAUAUCUUUGCCAAAGUAAUGUGAUGCAGAGAAACUCAUCUUCUGCUGAUGUUAGGGUUGAUCUUCCCCAUCCAAUUGUAGAAGAUGAAGUAAAGGAGAUUUAUAAUAUUGCAUGCAAUACGGCAAUUACCAGCACGGAAUCCAAACUGAAGGCAAACGAGGGCAACAUCACUGAAUUAGAUGGAACCAUAAAAGAAGAACAAAUCAUAAGUCCUGAAAAAUGGAAAUCAAUGUGUGAUUAUUCCAACCGAAGAUCUAAUGUAUGUGAAUUAGCUGGCGACGUCCGAAUCCCCAUUAAUCAAUGGUCUGUAUUACUGGUCGUUGACUCCCAAUUCAAUGGCUCGCACAAAAUUCGGCCUUACGCCCGCAAAUCUGAUCUAACUGCAAUGUCCAACGUCGCUGAAAUCACAUUGAAACUCUCUCAAACUCAUCAAUCUCCUCUCUGUACUCACCGCCACCACUCCCCCGCCCUCAUGUUCUCCCUCGGUGGCUAUUCUGGCAACUACUUCCAUGCCUUCACAGACAUCUUCAUCCCACUCUUCCAGACCUCCUAUACCUUCCAUGGCAAAGUUCACUUGGUCGUAAGUGACGCUUAUGCACCGUGGAUCAACAAAUUUCUCCCUAUAUUUCAAAGACUCUCGGACUACGACAUUUUGAGCUUCAGUAAAGCUGAUAAUGGCUCAGUUCACUGCUUUCCUAAGGCAAUAGUUGGCCUUCAGAGCUACAAUGAUAUGAAGCUCAAGGACAAGGAGUCUACAGAUCAGUUCAUAGAGUUUUUGAGAAGAACUUAUUCGCUGGAGAGAAGUGGACCUCUUAAUACUGAAGAGCUUAGCGUGAAGAAGCCAAGACUUUUGGUUAUAGCUAGAAGACAUACGAGGAGGUUUGUGAAUGUUAAGGACAUUGUGAGGAUAGGAAAGAAGCAAGGGUUUGAGGUGGUGGUGGGAGAAGCUGAGGGGAAUGUGACAAGAUUUGCACGUGUGGUGAACACAUGUGAUGUGAUGAUGGGAGUGCAUGGUGCAGCACUCACUAAUUUUGUGUUUUUGCCGACGAAUGCUGUUCUUAUACAGGUGGUUCCAUGGGGGAAGUUGGAUUGGAUCACAAAGACUUACUUUAAAGAGCCUGCGAUCAACAUGAGGUUGAGAUACUUAGAGUAUCAGAUAGAGAAGGAGGAGAGCACUUUAAUGGAGACUUAUGGAAAAGAUGAUCCGGUUAUAAGGGAGCCGGAGAGUGUUCAUAAGCUGGGAUGGGAGAGGAUGAAGGAGAUAUAUUUGGAGAAACAAAAUGUGAGGCUUAACGUGACAAGAUUUAAGUGGGUUUUGGUUGAGGCAAUGAGGCUAUUGAGGGAAGAGAAAGGAGUACAGUAGGGGUGGUAAAGUAAAUGGAAAUUGUAUGUAGUUCUCAUUGAUAUUUUUGUUUUUUUUUAAAUUUUUUUCUAUAUCAUAUGU